AGGUCUAGAAUAUGAGUACACACGCCGUGUGGGCGUGGCCUGUGUCGGACAGGGGGCGUGUCUCUGUGUUGUGAUGGGCAUUUCUGAAAGCCAUGUGUUGGACUCGCAUUUCCUCAGUGUAACACGAGAGCCGCAACAGACAGGAUGGCAGGUUACACAGAUGACUCAGCUGGGGAAUGUGCGACUUGUUUCAAGAGGUGGUGUUUCUCAGCGCGCGCGCCUGCACGCGCUCAGUCAGUGUUCUCGUAGGUGACUUUCGGACGGCGGCGCGCGCGUUUCUCCUCGCUGAGAUGAUUACUUUCUACAUCACCAUUGAAUUGAUCAUCGCUGUGCUGUCCAUCGUCGGCAACGUGCUGGUGUGCUGGGCUGUGGCCAUCAACUCCACUCUCAAAAACGCGACCAACUACUUCUUGGUGUCUCUGGCUGUGGCCGAUAUUUUGGUCGGGUGCCUCGCCAUCCCCUUCGCCAUCACCAUCAGCAUCGGGCUGCCCUGCGACUUCUACGGCUGUCUUUUCCUCGCCUGCUUCGUCCUAGUGCUCACUCAGAGCUCCAUAUUCAGCCUGCUCGCGGUGGCCAUCGAUAGAUACCUGGCUGUCAAAAUUCCUCUGAGGUAUAAGGAGCUGAUUACAGGAAACCGGGCCAGAAGGAUCAUUGCCAUUUUAUGGAUUCUAUCAUUCAUCAUUGGCCUCAUUCCAUUUGCAGGCUGGAACAAGAAAGUCAGCGCUUGCAACAAGACUGAAAGCCAAAGUUCUCCUCUCUACAAUUCCAGCGCAGGUAAGGGAGUACUCGCAGAAGCAGACCAGGGCUUCUUGCAGAGCUGCACCCUGAGAUGCCUCUUCGAGAGUGUAGUGGACAUGAGCUACAUGGUCUACUUCAACUUCUUUGGCUGCGUACUGCUGCCCUUGCUCAUCAUGCUAGGCAUCUACGUCAAGAUUUUCACAGUGGCUCGGAAGCAGCUGCGCCAAAUCAAGCUUGGAAGCAUGAUGGGCAACAGCGAGUGCCGGCAACACCAGCACCAUCGUGGGCUCCUGCAGCGCGAAAUCCGUGCCGCCAAGCUCCUGUCCAUUAUCGUAGGCCUCUUCGCCCUGUGCUGGCUGCCUGUGCACGUCCUCAACUGCCUCACGCUCUUCACGCAGAUGAACAAGCCCGACUACAUCAUGUACGUGGCCAUCAUACUCUCACAUGCCAACUCAGCCAUCAACCCCAUUAUCUAUGCUUACCGCAUCCGGGAGUUCAGAAACACCUUCCGGAAAAUUCUAGCACGCCACUUUCUCUGUCGUCGGGAAGAGCGGUACCUGAGCUCCAACGGAAGCACCCGAAACAGAGAACAGAUCACCAUGACCACUGAUCCUCUGUUAUAGGGUCAUGACAAACUGGAAAUGCUAUUUUAAUUUAAAUUUUUAACGAACUUUAUUCAAAAUAUGGGGAGCAGUGUUUACAGACCAGAGAAUAACUGCAAGAAUGUGGAUUUCUAGGCUGUUUAUGAGGACUGAAAGGAAGUGUAUCGACGGCACUUUGAAAGCAGGUCUCUCUGGAACUUUUUUUUUUUUUUUAAAUCAUUAUUGUUAAACUGAAGCAGAGGACAAAACAUGUUCCUCACCUGACACUACAAAGACAGUGGAGAUACACCCUGACACAACUAACAAGCUUGAACAAACUGUACUCUUCGUUCCAAGUCUUAAGGGACAGACGGCGCGCCUCUAUACGUGUUUAGAGGUGAAUCCUCGUCCUGGACAGAGACAACGAUAAACAAACAAAGGUGAAGGGAGCAAUGCCCAGAAAGCACUGAAGUAGGAAAAAUACUCACUGUUGAUCACGUAAAGCCCAUUUCGAAGGAACCGCGACAAAUCGUGAAGGACAGAAAAACAACAGACCAGUAGAAUACAUACAAAAAGGCUUCUAGCAUUUAACUUCUAACAGUCUGUCAGUGUCGUGUCUGAAUUUGAAUAAAUCUGUACAAUUGAGGUUACUAUAGAAAGCUCAGGAAAACCACAGGGGUGGACAGAAAACGUCUUGAGGAAGUUCACUGAGAUUCAUUGAAAGAAAACCGGGCAGGUUGCCAGUUCUGAAAGAUAACACUGUGUAAAUGGCUAAAUGGACAAUGCACUCUGUAUUUGACGUAUUCUGAUACUCCGAGGUUCCUAAGGAACUUUCUUUUCGUCACUUUUUUUAAGUCAUUACAUCCUGUUUCGUAAGAUAUUUCAGCAAGAGCAAAUUUCUCCAUGUUGAAAUGGUAUUAGGUCACCUCACACACACACACACAUCAUACAGUCUGUCUCCCACAUACGCACAGCAAGUGGUCCCAUCUGCAAUGGAGUUGGACAUGGGGUUAUCGUCUCUCUCAUGAGUGCGUCACUGCACCCAAGGGCCCAGUUUGUCAUUGAAUGUUCACGUGCAACAGACUGCAGAUCAGAGUCAGAGCACAGAGCCUGGAGCAGCGAGUGUCUACUGCACUGAGAUUUAAAGUGUGACGGCCGGGUAAAAAAAUCGUCUGCAGCAGCAAGAUUUAAAGCGUCACCUCUGAGCUAGCAGCCGGCUACCUGUUUAACACUGUUCUCGCUAAAUACUGUGAAUUUUAGCCUCGGUCCUCCACAGCUGAUCAAAACCGUGCGAGUGUAAACAAAAACACACACAAUUCUAAAGAAGUAUAACUAUUUACAUCUCGAGUGAGUUAAGAAUGUGAUUACAGGGUGAAUAGUAAGUGUAUCCAUGGCACUGAUGAAAGAAAGUCCCAAACGUUCUCAUUGCUGAAGAAAUAAAACACGAUAUGGCGUGCGGUUAUAGGAAUAUAAAUGAACGAUGGGGUAGCGUGAUGGAAAUUUGACCGUUUACAGUUACGGUAUGUUUUAGCAUGUCCGCGAGACAUGUUAGUUCCUGUUAUCACUCGUUAUAACGGCGAUAAACGUUUGUUCCCUCUCUUCUGAAGUGAUCGCUAAAAUGCAGCUGGUCAUAUUACCAAGAGACCACAGAGCCCUCCAUAAGGAAGAUUUCCCAGUGUUGGGAAACUCUACAGCGUUACCUCGAAUGGUUACAGAGCACUGACGCUGGGGACUCCUUAAACAUCUCCUUAAACUAAAACAAACCAAAAAAUGACCAGAUCAAUGGUUACACACAUCUUUAAAAAAUCCGUUGUGAAGUUGUUAGUUUCGAAGCGACAAGUGCGUUAAUAUAAACCCGUGACUUGCCUUGCAGCCAGAACCAGAACCGCGGUAUAAGGACGAUUAGAACACCCACGUUGCCGUAAAAAAUCAUGUAGGUCCUUGUUUUGGAAGGGGGGCGGGGGCAGGGGCAGAGGCGGGGGCAGGGGCGGGGCCUAAACCAUGGUUCUGAACGGCACUGUAUUUGCAAAGUCUUUUCAACACAUAUUAUUUAAUGGCUCUAAAAGGUCAAAUGAAUAGACUUUUUUUUAAUGGCACACAGAGAUUUGCUUUUUUUUUUUUUUUUUUUUUUUUUUAAACUUAUUUAU